UACAACUAAAACAAACAUGUCUGCUAGCAAAUAAGACUCAAACUUGAUAAGAGGGACAUUAUUAAAGUCAACCCGAUAACAACUCAGUAUCCGUUAUUAGUCGAAACAUAUUUCAUCACAUUUUUAGAACACAGGAGUGUUGCUGACAAUCUAUAUGUCUGGAUACUUCACGAGUCAAUACUCUCGCAAAAGGUGUACAAACAAAAGGGUUUGCACAGGACGAUAAUAGUUAAAUAAUAUGGUGCCUAUUAGUACUUGUGUGUGAAUUUGUGGUGAUCAGUGUUUGUCUUUUAAAUAACGAUAAAAAAUUGAGAAAUGUGAAACAAUUAAAUCUUAAUUAUAGUGAAAAAAAUGACAAACAAAGUGACAAAGGUGCCACCUGACGGCGGUUAUGGUUGGGUCGUGACUUUCGCGUAUGCUUUGAAUAAUGUAGUUGUCCUACCGCUGAUAGCUGGCUUUGGAUUAGUUUUCCAAGAAGCAUUUGACGAAACUGGUCUGACAGCAACACAAGGCACUCUUAUCAUCACUCUGAACCAUGGCAUCGGUAUGCUGCUGUCUUUCUUCGGAGGUCCAGUGCUGCGAAGAUUUGGAUAUAGAAAAGUUGCUCUAUUUGGUGCCGUACUCAUUUUCUGUGGGCUUGUGCUGACAGCUGCUGCAUCAGAUUUCUGGAUCUUCAUUUUAUCAUACAGUAUUAUCAAUUCAAUGGGUGUGGCAUCAGUAAUGGCAGCUUUCACAUUAGCAAUUAAUUCAUUUUUCAAAGAAAAGAGAGGAAGAGCCAUUGGUGUUGGAAUGUCGAUCACAGGACUGGGACAAAUAUACAUGCCCUUAGUGAUGAGUGCUCUGAUGUACGCCUUUGGGUGGAGAUACGCUGUACUCAUCCUAGCAGCUCUUUGCUUGCAUUCUCUGGUAGCAGCAUGUUUGCUCAGACCAGCUAAGUGGUAUUAUAAAGAUCCUCCCGUGAUCGAGGAAGAAAUACCUCUAAACAAAGACCAAAGUACUGAACUAGUUAAUGGUAGUGUAACAACGUCAUCUAAACAAACAGGAUUACAUUCUCAGUUACAACUAGAAGAAUCCGUAGGAAACGGAAUACCACCAAAAAGUUUAUCAAUGAGAUCUCUUUCAAGUAAUACUAGUUUACAGACCAGAAAUGCUGUAUCACACCCAGAUAUUAGGAAAAAAUCUCCCGAGUCACCACUCCACGAGGCUCGAUACAAAUGGUGGGAAUCUCAGGAAAUUAAUUUGGGUAGUUCCUUCAACAUAUUCAGUGAACAUGAAAUGAAAAAAGGUGAUGUUAAAAGUAAAGAGGUAAUGAUAAAUGAAAAAUCUAAAGAAAUAAAGCAAGAAGAAGGAUUGAUGCAAAAAUUUAUUAAAUUCUUCGAUCUAACUUUGCUCCGCGAUCCGAUUUUCGUGAAUAUAUUGAUUGGCAUGUCGGUAGCCGCUUGUGUGGAGACCAAUUUUUCUUUGUUGCUACCUAUAAUUCUGAAGGAUAUGUUGAAGUUUGAAACUAGUGAGAUUGGAAAAGUGAUGGCUGUAAUAGGUUUUUCAGACACGCUGUUUCGUUUAGUUUCACCAUUCAUUGGGGAAUGGUGUCAGAAGCCACCUCGAGUCAUGUAUAUGAUAGGCUUGGUUCUCAUCGUCCUCACAAGAACAAUAAUGCUAUUCACCACCUCGUUUAUGGGAAUGAUAUUCGUCGCACUCGCAAUGGGCAUAACCAAGGGACUGCGGACUGUCUACAUGAACAUCGUGAUCCCUAGCUACAUACCCAUAGAGAGGCUGGCCUUCGCGUCCGGAAUACAAAUGUUUGUCAAUGGCAUCACUAUCAUCGGACUCGGAUCUUUACUGGGUCGUAUUCGUGAAUCUUCAGGUUCCUACGGAAUACCAAUUGUGGUAUUAAACGUUUUCACGCUAAUCACAGUAUGUUUGUGGGGUGCAGAAUUUCUAUACUUCAAGAUUAACAGGAAAGUUGUACCUCGACAACUUAAUGAGGCUUAGGACAUGAAGUAAUCGUGGAUCUGAUGUGACAGACAGGCUGUGCAACCAUAAAGGUGGAACUGUCGUCCUUAGUUUACAAAAAUAAAAAUGUUAUUCACAUCGAAACACAGUAUUUGUAAAACUCCUUUUAGUGGAGUACUUAUCUAUCUGAACGAGUGAAUGAAUGGAACAAACAAGAAACAAAUGACAACUUAAGGACUGGGGCAUGGUACAAGGAUUCCGUAAGGCUGGGAUUUCAAUUAUUUGUUAAAAGUCGAUAAAAUAAAAUAUUUGGUACUUAGCCAAAAGAAUUGUUGGAUAACAAUUCAUGAAACUCAGAUCGCCUUAUUACAAAACUUAGACUAAAGUUAAACUUGGCCUAAAACUUGUGCUGUCACUUUUGUUUGCUAAAAAGAAGACUGAGGCAACAUUAGGUUUAAACCAAGACUAAUUUUAGUCCACGUUUUGGAAUACGGUGGUAAACAUUUAUAACCAGUCGGUGUCAUAAUAAAAUCGAUAUACCUAUUAAGAUAACGGACGAACAAAUUUUAUUAUUAUAAUAAUUAAUAUGCCCUUAAUUCCAAAAUAUAUUGUGGGUUCUUUUCAAAGGGAAGCCAAAUUAGUUUGUUGUUAAAUUAUCCUUGUUAUAUUGUAUAGCAACACGUUGAGAUUAAAGGGUGUACAUAAAAACAUUUUUUUAUUGGUUACUAUUUAUUAUAUUU